UCCUGACCUCGUGAUUCCCCUGCCUCAGCCUCCCAAAGAGCUGAAAUUACAGGUGUGAGCCACUGUGCCUGGCUCAACCCCCUCUUCUAAGACAAGACCAAACCCUACACUUGAGCACUGGGCUCCCUGCUCUCUUCCCUGAUGCCAUCCCACUCCCACAGGGCAUGGCCCCAGCAGAAGACAGCUUCAGCCCUGUCUUGGUGACUCUGGGUGUGAUAGGAACAGAGAUAUUAAAGGCCACUUUGCCCUUUCCCCUAGAGAGUAGGUAGCUUUGCCUAUGAGCAGCUCUCCCCAAACCCAUCAGAGCCCAGCUCAGCCCUCUGUGGCAGAAGGAGCUGCCUGUGGAAAAGGGGAACCCCACUCCAGUGCGAAAGGAGAGGUACCCCACAAGGAGGCCUGGGUCACGUGCCUCUCAUCAAGGGCUGCCCCUCUGAGAUGGUGCUGCAAGGAUCCUGCUCUGAGGUUGGGGUGCAGAGAGAAUAGAGCUAAUAUCUUCCUACUCUUCUACCCUUUUAAAAUUCCAUCCUGCACUUUGACUUUCCCUCUGACCAUAGUGAUACCAAAGGUUUUCUGAAUUUUGGAAAGGUCAAAAUAAUAAGGUAAAUGUCAAGAAAAUGAAUAUGUAAGGUGUGUAUCCUCAAAAUACUCUUUCUUUAGUACAUUGUAGUUUUAUUUGAAUGUGAUCAGUUUUAGGUCAUUUGGGGAAUUUGCCCACCUCCUGAAGGAACUAUCUUGAUCUUAUUAAAUUAAAUGAGAUGUAACCAGGGAAGGGGAGAAAAGAGUGAAGUCAGGCAUGGAUCAUUCCAUCUCUGUAACCCAUACAAGUCAUAAUAACAAAACCUCUUAGGCUGCCUACAGCUAAUUUAAUCUCAAUUUGUACCACCUCGGCUGAAUGAAUAUAGCAUACAGAGAUGGCCAAGGGAUUCUAGAACUUUCUAGAGCUACUUGCUCCUCCCCUUGCUUUAAUGCAGCCAUUGGUCUCUGCCCAGUGUGCACCUCGCACCUGACCAGUAGGGGGCACAUGUGAGCAGUGUCCCAUAUGAGUGCAGCUCAAGUACCAACUGCUCAGGAUGAGACAACGCUACCUGGGCUCCACAGGAGAGCUAAUUAGGUCAUUGGAAUUGAUUCAUUUUUUAAAAGUCUUUGAGAGUUUAUUUGAUUGGAAAUUUUACUAAAUCCCUUGACCAACUUUCCUCAUUCUCAAGUGCCAGUGUAAUUCUGUGAACACUCAAAACAUUAGAAAUACAUUUCUUAUAUUGUAAACAAAUUGUGUUUAUGUAGAAGAUGGUUUGCUUUGGAAAAAAUAUUGCCUGAAAGCUCUUCCAAUUUAGCAAGGAAAAUAGUCAAGAAAAGAGAAAUAGGUACGCAGGUAUGUGCCCCGCCUCAGCCCUCCCACACAUGGUCAUUUUUCCAUGUUGAAAAAUUAGACUUUAAGUAAAAAAUGAAGAAUCAGACAUUAUCCGUCAUAUAAAGGAACUGGUGCUUCUAUAAUAUUGGCCAUUCUCUUCUACUGGUUCACUUUACUCCUAUUCUUCAUUUUAAUUUUUGCUGUUGUCUGUUUUUCCUUGUCUUACCUCCCAAGCUUUCUUUCCCUGGGCCUCCCGAGGAGGUCUGACAAUGCAAGAGGGAUGAGAAUGUGGGCGGGAGAUGAGGGCGGGAGGAACUGCCCAAACCUGUCAGUCUUGGGUGUAGCACCUCCAAGGAGGACAUGAUUCUCCUGCAGUGACGGCCUGACCGGGCCCCCACCUCCCCACCAAGGCAGGACCACAGCAACCUGGGGAGCAUGCUGCCAGCAACCAUGGUGGGGGCUCUGGUCAGAGGAUGGAGAAAUCGAAGCUCUCCUCGAAGGGCUGAGUCAAAACUUCUUAUCCCACCAAUCCAGGAUGGAAUUCCAAUUCAGGAUGGGCACCAGUUGCGUCUUGAAGUGCCAUCAGCUGUAACUAAAGUUCCCAAUCCCAACACGACAGCCAGGCAUUCCUGCCCCCAAGAACUGAAGACCAUGGAGCUCUCUGACAGCGACCGACCCAUAAGCUUCGGUUCCACGUCGUCCUCGGCCUCUUCCCGGGACAGCCACGGUUCCUUCGGCAGCAGAAUGACCUUAGUUUCAAAUAGCCAUUUGGGCUUGUUUAACCAGGAUAAGGAAGCAGGGGCCAUAAAACUGGAGCUGAUUCCGGCCAGGCCAUUUUCCAGCAGCGAGCUGCAGAGGGACAGCCCCGCCACCGGGCAACAGAACGUGGAUGAGGGCAGUGAAAGGCAGCCCAGGGCACCAUGGAAAGUGGACUCAAACGGGGCACCCAAGACGACCGCAGACUCGGCCACCAGCCCCAAGCUCCUCUAUGUGGAUAGAGUUGUUCAGGAAAUUCUGGAGACCGAAAGGACUUACGUGCAAGAUUUAAAAAGCAUCGUCGAGGAUUACCUUGACUGCAUCAGGGACCAAACAAAACUUCUCAUGGGGACCGAAGAAAGAUCAGCCCUUUUUGGAAACAUACAGGAUAUCUACCGCUUCAAUAGUGAACUUCUGCAAGAUUUGGAAAACUGUGAAAAUGAUCCUGUGGCCAUAGCAGAGUGUUUUGUGUCCAAGAGUGAAGAGUUCCACAUUUAUACCCAGUAUUGCACGAACUAUCCAAGAUCCGUGGCCAUGCUAACAGAGUGCAUGAGGAACAAGAUACUGGCCAAAUUCUUCAGGGAACGUCAGGAAACUCUGAAACACUCGCUGCCUCUGGGGUCCUAUCUCUUGAAACCAGUUCAGCGGAUUCUCAAGUAUCAUCUCCUUCUGCAUGAAAUAGAAAAUCACCUUGAUAAGGACACAGAGGGCUAUGAUGUGGUGCUUGAUGCUAUAGACACAAUGCAGCGAGUCGCCUGGCACAUCAAUGACAUGAAGCGGAAACACGAGCACGCGGUCCGGUUACAGGAGAUACAGAGUUUGCUUACUAACUGGAAGGGGCCAGACCUGACCAGCUACGGGGAGCUGGUGCUUGAGGGAACCUUCCGCCUCCAGCGAGCCAAGAACGAGCGGACGCUCUUCCUCUUUGACAAGCUGCUGCUCAUCACGAAGAAGAGAGAUGACACGUUUACGUACAAAGCUCACAUCCUGUGUGGCAACCUCAUGCUCGUGGAGGUGAUUCCAAAGGAGCCACUCAGCUUCAGCGUCUUCCACUAUAAGAAUCCCAAGCUGCAGCACACAGUCCAGGCCAAAUCCCAGCAAGACAAACGCCUCUGGGUUCUGCACCUAAAGAGACUGAUCCUGGAGAACCACGCAGCCAAGAUUCCAGCUAAGGCCAAGCAAGCAAUCCUUGAAAUGGAUGCCGUUCUCUUGUCUACUGUUAAAAUUUUAAAAUAUGUUGAGCAGCAUGUUAUACUCUUAUUUUUAAUCUUCACACAUAGGAAUUAUCCUGUGUGUAUUUACUGUUUCAAUAUUUGCCUUCCAGGUGCUAGGAUUGCUGAGUAUUCUCAGCUGUAUGACCAGAUUGUAUUCAGAGAGUCUCCCUUGAAAAUUCAGAAGGAUGGCUGGGCCAGCUCCAAAGCAUCCUCCCUCCUGAGGGCUGCGUCACCUUCCCAGGUCCACCAUGGCAGUGAAGAUUGGCUUCUGCACUCAACCUAUAGUAAUGGAGAGCUGGCAGAUUUCUGUCCCCCACCAGAGCAAGACUUGAGAUCAAGAUAUCCCACGUUUGAAAUCAAUACAAAAAGUACUCCCAGGCAGUUGUCCGCAGCUUGCUCCGUGCCUUCUCUUCAAACCUCUGAGCCUCUGCUGGACUCUAUGCAGAGAUGCAGUGUGGUAGUAAGUCAGCCCCACAAAGAGAACGCGUGUCAGGGCCAUCUGUACAACUCCUUGGAUCGGAAAGGGAUCAGCGCUAAAUCUCAGCCUUAUCACAGGUCCCAGUCAUCUUCCUCCGUCUUGAUAAACAAAUCAAUGGACUCCAUCAACUACCCUAGUGAAGUGGGAAAGCAGCAGCUGCUGUCUUUACACAGAAGUUCACGGUGUGAGAGUCACCAGGACUUGCUGACAGAUAUUGCUGACUCACAUCAACAGGGCCCUGAAAAACUCUCAAAUCUCACACUCCAAGACUCACAGAAAGUUUUGGUGGUCAAUAGAAAUGUACCCUUAAAUGCCCAAAUAGCAACACAGAACUAUUUUUCCAAUUUCAAAGAGAUGGAUGGAGAUGAAGAUGACUAUGUGGAAAUCAAGUCAGAAGAAGAUGAGUCGGAGUUGGAGCUCGCUCACAAUCGUAGAAGGAAAUCUGACUCAAAGUUCGUGGAUGCUGACUUUUCUGAUAAUGCCUCCAGUGGCAACACAUCUCAUUCUUUGAAUAGUCCAUGCACUCCCAAAAAGCAGGUUAACAGCAAACUUGGGCUUUCGCCAUUUCUGACACCAUAUAAUGAUUCUGACAAACUGAAUGACUAUCUUUGGAGGGGGCCAUCUCCCAAUCAACAAAAUAUUGUCCAGUCUCUAAGGGAAAAAUUUCAGUGUCUCAGUUCGAGCAGUUUUAGUUAAGGUCAUGAUAACUGCCUGAAUUUUCUUCUUUUGCUCAUAAAAUGUUACAGAGACUGAUGAGGUGUUUUAUGUGUACCAGAUUAAGAACCAGAGGUGUAAAAUAUACUUUGUUUUACAGCACAAUGUUUUGAAAUGCCUGACGAUGCAGCCAGGAUUGUACUGUAGCACGUGUUGGCAUCAACAAGGUGUUUUCUGAUGCUGCGUGUCUUCAUGUUUCAUGUAAGUCGAUCUUACUUGAACGUUUUUUAGACUUUUAACAUCAUGGCCAUAUUUUUUUCCACAUCCUGACAAUAGUGCCCACACCUUAAGAAAUGCGGUAGCCGGGCGCAGUGGCUCACACCUGUAAUCCCAGCACUUUGGGAGGCCAAGGCGGGCGGAUUGCCUGAGCUCAGAAGUUCGAGAUCAGCCUGGGCAACACGGUGAAACCCCGUCUCGAAAAAAAAAAAAAAAAAAAAAAAAAGCAAUGAUCCAAUAAUCCUUUCCUAUUAUCCAGAAGGCCAGGGUAGUUUUAUCCUAUGACUCAAAGGAAGCAAGGAGACUUUUUCGUGUUUUAAAAGGCAAUGAAAGCUGUUUAAAGAAUUAUGCUUAUAUCUCACAUUUUGGUUAAAUUUGUGGCAAGACCUUAGGAAAACUUAAGCCAGAGAUUUGUAAUUGGAAUGUAGCCUGAGGUGCCCAUUUUAGGGUUUCUAUGCUAGUAUUCUUUUUUUUUUAAUUUUAUUUUUAUAUUCUUUUAUCAUUUCAUUUUGAUGCAGAAAUUGUGUGACUCUUGAAAAUUAAAACAUAGCAGGACCCAUUUUCUGUAUGCAAAACCUCUAACCUGUAUUCCCGGACAAGGCCUAGAGAAUGAGCUACUCAUCAUGUUUAUAAUAUAAUUUCUGGGGUGAAAUGAAUGAUUUCCUUAAUGGCUUAGAGAAAACCAAGGCUAAUAAAAUGCAAAUUGACUUAGCUGUUAGAAGAGAUGGGAUGACUUCCUGGAACCACUUGGUUACCUCUUCAAAUGACAGGUCAAAGAGAAAAACUGAAAUCCUGCCAGACUAUUUUGUGUGCCUGUUUCUAACCAAUACAAAGUUAAGCAUGAGCUAAAAUAAGACAAAGCCCUUUAAACUUAGCCAUUCCAGAGCAGUUUUUCACAUGCAUGUCAUGAGUUUGGGAUUCUGCCAAAUGACCUCCUUGAUCCUGGCCCUGAGGAGUCACUGGCUGCAGGAAUGGGCAAGAAUCUAUUUCCUAAACCACACAUAACAUGGGAGCCUUUUUUCAUUGUUUUCAGGUAUAUAAAAGAAUGAAAUGCUUGGUUAGUAGGUGCUGACUAAUAACACCUUUUAUGUUGUGACCAUUUGUCACAUUUCGUUGUGACACUGUAUACUAAUCUAACUCCUUAUGAAAGGUGACAGA